GGGGUCAGAUAAUAACAAAAACAACACAACGAUCAAGGGAACAUGUUGGUUUUGUAAUUUUGCAAUUUUAUUCAAUAAUCAUUAAUUAAAAGUUGUUUCUUUAAUUACAAUCGUUUAUCACAUGAAACGGAUGUUUGUCGCGCUUACAAGAUUACAGUAAUUAUUUGAAUUUUCUAUUUAAUUUAAAAUGGAAGCGGCAGAAAUUGGUUCAGGUGUUAUGAACCCUGAUAUUGUGGCGACCAUGACUCCUGAAACCUCACAGCAUAAUUUUAUCAAUGCAUUGGUGGCUGGUGGCGUUGCUGGCAUGGUUGUGGACAUUGCCCUGUUUCCCAUAGACACAGUCAAGACACGUCUGCAAAGUGGCAGGGGUUUCUGGAGGGCUGGUGGUUUUAAGGGCAUUUAUAAGGGACUGGCACCUGCUGCGGCGGGAAGCGCCCCCACCGCUGCCCUUUUCUUUUGUGCCUAUGAAAAUUUUAAGAAACUAUUUUGUGAUCUCAGUGGAUGUACAAAAAAUUCACCAUAUAUACAUAUGGCAUCUGCAUCUAGUGCCGAAGUGCUAGCCUGUUUGAUACGCGUACCUGUUGAAAUUGCCAAACAAAGAAGGCAAGCAUUGGGAACAAAAUCACAGAACGGGGCAUUACAAAUUCUCUGGACAGCGUAUAAAACUGAAGGCCUACGUAAAGGUCUUUAUCGCGGUUUCGGCUCAACAAUUAUGCGCGAAAUUCCAUUUAGUUUAAUACAAUUUCCACUGUGGGAAUUUUUUAAGCUUCAAUGGGAACCAUUGACCGGCAUAGAAUCAACGCCAUUUAGUGUGGCGCUAUGUGGUGCCGUUGCAGGAGGCAUAUCGGCCGGCUUGACGACUCCAUUGGAUGUUGUGAAGACCCGAAUUAUGUUGGCCGAACAGAAUAGUGCAAUACGUAAAUUAUCCAUACCAAAAGUAAUGGGUUCAAUAUACCGUGAAAAGGGUAUAACGGGUUUAUUUGCCGGUUUUGUACCGCGUGUUAUGUGGAUCACAUUGGGAGGUGCAUUUUUCUUUGGUUUCUAUGAUUUGACUACGAGAAUGCUGGCAGCCCAAAGUUAGGCAUAUAUCAUAAUGAUAUACUAUACAUAUAGUAAACGGCAGUUCUAUUAAUUGGAAGUUUUAAAAUAUAUUGUUCAUUAUUUGUUUUUUUAUAAUUAGUCUAAAUUAAAGAAUAAUUAUAAUAUUGAUAUUAGUUGGAAUUGUACGUAAGUAGUUGUUAAUAUGUGCAGUAAAAUUUGUAUUUCUUUCUAAGUUGA